GUAAUUUGUGUAAAGAGUUUAAUUAAAAAUAAUGGACAUGAGUGCCGAUGAUUCCGAUACUAUAGAAUGUUUAUGAUACUAUAGAAUAGUUCUAAUGGCAUAUUUUUCUCAUCUGUCAAACAGAAUGAAAAUAAAAGCUUCAACCCUUUGGUCCAUUUAUUCAAUGUUAAAGUCAUCAUUGAAAAGUAAAAAUGAUAUUAAUAUUGAAAAUUAUUCUAAAUUGACUGUAUUUUUAAAAAAUCAGUCUAAAGGAUAUAGGCUAAAAAAAUCUAAAAUUUUAUCUAAUGAUGAAAUUGAAAAAUUUAUUAAUGAGGCCCCUGAUCAAGAGUAUUUAGCAAAAAAGGCAGCUUUAAUAAUGGGAAUAUGUGGCGCAUGUAGGCGUAAAGAGCUUUAUAACUUGAAAAUAGAUGACAUUAAGGACACCGUCUCUUUUUUUAAAUCAAUAUUUCAGAAACAAAAAAUGGCUCUCAACGGUCUUUUAAUGUCAUGGGAGAUUUUUAUCAAGUUGUUAAAAGAUAUCUUGCUUUACGUUUAAAUAACAUUGAUAUUAAAAGUUUCUUUUUAAAAUACACUGAAAGAAAUAUUGUAACAAUA